AUGUCUCCUCAGUAUCUCGAAAAAUACCAUUCUGACUUUGCACGAGAAGAUGGGAAGUGCAAAAUUCUUUGUGCAACGUCUGCCGAAGCAGUGGGCAUCGACUUUGCCGACGUGGACAUUGUUGGAUAUAUGGGCAUACCACAGGAUGAAUGUGACGAUCUUCAAUGA